GUUAACGGCAGAGCGGUGCAGGAUGUACAUUAACACAGGACUAUGGCGAGCAACGUGUGGAGGUCAAUGCUCUCUCACGUCGUGGGGGCGGCAAAGAGACCGACGCUGCAAACGGUUACGUUAAUUCCUGGGGAUGGAAUCGGUCCAGAAAUAUCCGUGGCUGUCAUGAAGAUUUUCGAGUCGGCUAAGGUUCCCAUCCAGUGGGAGGAGAGGAAUGUGACGGCUAUCCAGGGCCCAGGUGGAUGGAUGAUUCCUCCAGACUAUGAGUCUAUGGACAGGACCCUGAUCGGGUUAAAAGGUCCCCUGAAGACCCCCAUCGCAGCCGGCCACCCCUCCAUGAACCUGCUGCUCAGGAAGACCUUUGACCUGUACGCCAACGUGCGGCCCUGCGUGUCCAUCGAGGGCUAUAAGACCCCCUACACCGACGUGGACCUGGUCACCAUCAGAGAGAACACCGAGGGAGAGUACAGCGGAAUCGAGCACAUAGUAAGUCUCUGUGGUUACCACGGUCACGUUCAGUAGGAGAGAAGUGGGACAAAGUUGUGAGUGAAACCUGUUUUUUUUUUUUUUUUUUCAAAUGUGUGGAUUUCAAACUGAAUCUGUAAAAUGCCUACAGCUAACACUGACUACAGAGGAAUAGACCAGGGAGCAGUAGCUACCUCAGCUAACACUGACUACAGAGGAAUAGACCAGGGAGCAGUAGCUACCUCAGCUAACACUGACUACAGAGGAAUAGACCAGGGAGCAGUAGCUACCUCAGCUAACACUGACUACAGAGGAAUAGACCAGGGAGCAGUAGCUACCUCAGCUAACACUGACUACAGAGGAAUAGACCAGGGAGCAGUAGCUACCUCAGCUAACACUGACUACAGAGGAAUAGACCAGGGAGCAGUAGCUACCUCAGCUAACACUGACUACAGAGGAAUAGACCAGGGAGCAGUAGCUACCUCAGCUAACACUGACUACAGAGGAAUAGACCAGGGAGCAGUAGCUAACACUGACUACAGAGGAAUAGACCAGGGAGCAGUAGCUACCUCAGCUAACACUGACUACAGAGGAAUAGACCAGGGAGCAGUAGCUACCUCAGCUAACACUGACUACAGAGGAAUAGACCAGGGAGCAGUAGCUACCUCAGCUAACACUGACUACAGAGGAAUAGACCAGGGAGCAGUAGCUACCUCAGCUAACACUGACUACAGAGGAAUAGACCAGGGAGCAGUAGCUACCUCAGCUAACACUGACUACAGAGGAAUAGACCAGGGAGCAGUAGCUACCUCAGCUAACACUGACUACAGAGGAAUAGACCAGGGAGCAGUAGCUACCUCAGCUAACACUGACUACAGAGGAAUAGACC